CACUGUCCCACCUCGCACCGCCAGGAGGGGAGAGAGGGGGGAGAAGCGAUCGGGGGGAGGGAGGAGAAGACGGCGGCGAGGAGCUUCCUGAAAGAGGUAUUUAGUUAGGGAAUGGAGACAGAAGAUCUCCCGGAGCUCGCGCCGGGAGAGGGAGGGAUGUCGCAGGCAGAGACGGUGGAGGAAGAAGGAGAAAAGGAUUUGGCAGAUCAAAAUCAAAAUGCAAAUGAGGGAAAAGAUGAUCCUGAAUUGUUGCCUUUGGGAUGGGUUCUGGAGAUCAAAACUCAAAAUGGUGGAAAAUGCAAUGGAAAGCAGAAAAAGAGCUAUUACAAUCCAUCCACUGGGUCCAGAUUUUAUUCAAAAAAAAAGUUAUUGCAGCAUCUUAGUGCUUCAAAGAUUUUAACUCCUACAACCAGAGAGACAAGGAGUACCACUUCAAGCUACAAUGAGAAAGCUAGCUCUCCAACCAAUCCGGAGAGUACCAUCAAAGAUGGCACCUUCGACAAUGUUCUAACUGAAUGUGGCUCAAAAAGCUUGCCUAAAGGAUGGAUUACUGAGAUCAGAGCGUCUAAACUUGGUAAUUUGGAAUAUAAGGUUCACAUUGAUCCAGACAGUGGAUAUGAGUUUCGGUCCAUGAAGGAUGCUCAUCGAUUUAUACUAACUAGAGAUAUUAGACAAUGUAUCCUUAAACCACAAAAAAGAAAUUCAAAGGAACCACAUACUGUAGAGAGGGACUUAAAUAUUCCUACAUCCAAGAGAUUAGAAUGGCAAAGCAAUGGUACGAAAAGAAGUCUCUUUUCAGAUAAAAGUCCUGACUCAGGUGUGAAGAUAAAUGCAAAUAUAAACAAAUCACUCGAUAUAUCAGGUGCAGCAGUAGACUCCACUAACAACACAAGUUUACCAUAUCCCAAACAAUCAGAUGGAGAAAAUUCAAAGGUAGAGCAUUCACCUUCUCUCAGACAAUGGAAUGAAAACAUGCCUGUUUCAGUAAGGUCAGAUCCAAAGAAACGAAGGCAAUCUCGCCCUAAUAAGCGUAGAAGAGCUAACGAGCUGCGGGACACGAUCUCAAAGGUUGUCAAGCCAAUCAAGAAGCCAAUCCGAGCAUCCGUUAAACCUGUCAAGAAACCACUCCGAGCAUCUAAACGAUUGGCUGCACUUAGGGACAAUCAAAUUACAAAUUCUAGUGAAGCUGGAAAUUCUCAUAGGGCUAAAGCAGAUGCUUUCUCUCAGCUACAGGAAAAAACAGCUACUGCUUUGGAUCAACCGCAUCAAUCCAAUUCGAGCUUCUACCAACAAAAGAAGAUGCAAUUUGAAGACCUUGAAGCAGCAAAUGAGCUUGAAAGAAACACACAUAUAGGUGACACAUCAACUGUGCAACAGAUUCACUUCGGAAGAAGUGGUAAUGAAAAGCCUUAUGGAUCAACAUUUUCCAGCCCUUGGUCAGACCCGUGUCUCGAGUUUGCAUUCAAGAUGCUUACAAGUGACAUUCCAGUUUUUGAGGAUACUGACAGGGUUCAGGAAUAUUUUACGCAAUUCACCUCUACUAAUAAUAUCUCUACUGAGCAGACUUCGUUCAGUAUGAAUCCAAGUUCUAGAUAGAAUUAGUGCCUUAUGGAGAUGGAGCUGCUACCAUAGGUGUAGUCUAAUGCCGUGUUGGCAAACUAUCUUGCAGUGCUAAUCUCCUGUAUUUCAUGAACUUUGCUGACCAUCAUGUAAAACCUUUGUAGUCAGUAAUUUAUCGACUUUAGUUCAACCAUUUCUUGAA